AUGGCUGAUUUAAUAUUAACGCGAACUGUUCUUGGUGUUAUCUAUGUUUCUAUUUUUGUGUUGGCUGUAUCUGGCAAUCUCUUAGUGGUUUACACAGUUAUUAGCCAUAAAGCUAUGCAAACAGUUACAAAUAUUUUUAUAACAAAUUUGGCAAUUUCUGAUUUACUCGUUAAUUUCACAUCUUUGUGGUUAACUCCAUUAUAUUUAUAUGUUGGGCACUGGAUAUGGGGUGAAUGGCUAUGUCAUGGCUUGCCCCUUUUUCAGGGUACAUCGAUAUUUAUUUCUACUCUCACACUUAUGGCAAUUGCUAUCGAUCGCUAUUUUGUUAUAGUUCAUCAUAGUAAUAUAAAUAUCAAUGAUCAUAUGAGCAUGCCGGUUUGCCUUGGUAUAGUAACUUUGAUUUGGGCAUUAUCGCUUUUAUUAGUGAUGCCAUAUGCAAUACAUAUGAGCAUGAUUUUUAUACCAAAGCCUUGCAACUUCUGGCUUUGUCUAGAAGCUUGGACUAUGGAAAACUUAAAGAGUAUCUAUGGCAUUAUUGUUAUGGCUCUACAGUUUAUCGUUCCAUUUGUUAUAAUUGGCUUUAGUUAUAUUCAAAUAUGGCAUUUUUUAAAUAGUCGAAAUUCACUGGUUGCACGACGAGAAUCUGAAUACGAAAAUAUUCGGAAAAAGCGAUUAUUACGUAUGCUUAUUAUAAUGGUUGUUUUGUUCGGUUUAUGUUGGUUCCCGUUCAAUUUUUUGAAUAUUUUACGUGAUUUACACUUGGAUAAUUUCAUAAAACCAUAUUUCAAUUUUUUAUUUUUAUUGGCGCAUGUUAUAAGUAUGUCAGCGACGUGUUGGAAUCCAAUUGUAUACGCAUGGAUGAAUGAAGCAUUUCGAGAACGAUUCAUUGCUGCGCUUCCAUUUUUAAAGAGAUGGCAUAGGAAAGGUAUUCGAUUUAAAUUGAUUUUCUAA